UAUAUGAGCUGUCAAUGUUGAUAUACUUAAAUAAAUAAUAAUACUACUCCCCAGAAGACUCAAAUUAUUGGGGGGGCUACUGAGGUCAAUCCUUGCAUCUUCUUGUUUAUGAAAAUAUUGCAGGCAUUUAGAGAGCCAUUGAAGAUAUCCACAAUCCUAACAACCGUAUCUUCCACCUUUUAAUUAUAUAGCCAUCUCCCGUACUAUAUAAUUAGAGAAAGUUUUCUUAGUUGACGAAGAAGUGGCUUUCUGAAGUUUCGAAUUUUAUUUAUAAUUUUGUGUUUGUUGGAAGCUUUUGUGAUGUUUCCUUUACAGCAAAUAAGUGAUGAAAAUGAGUUGUUAUUUCAGAUUCCCUCAAAUCCUUGCCAACAAGGCAAGAUCUUCCAAGAUUUGAGUCUGGACGAUUAUGUUUCUCUGGGGACCAGUUUUCAUCCGCUAAAUGUUACUAAAAUUAAACCUAAGAAAAAGAGGCUACCAACUAAAAGGGUAUUAGGUAGAAAUAAUUCAGAUAAAAACCAUGAAAAUAUUACUGCUGCUGAUCCUGAUGAUGAUUUCAAGCUUAAGAAAAUUAUGCAUAGAGAUAUGGAACGUCAGAGAAGGCAAGGAAUGGCUGCCCUUCACUCUUCUCUCCGAUCUCUCCUUCCUCUACAGUAUGUCAAGGGAAAAAGAUCAGUAUCAGAUCACAUGCAUGAAGCUGUGAAUUAUAUCAAACAACUGCAGGAAAAUAUGAAUGAGUUAGAAAGAAAGAGAGACAAGCUGAAAAUUGUGACUGGGAGGGUCGAAGAUGGUAGCUCAGAUAGUUCCAUUGUAUCCCAAGAUUGUGUCACAGUGAGUCCAUGCCAUGGUGGUGUAGAGAUUUUAAUCAGUGGGAGCUGUACGAAGGAAAAUAUACCCCUUUCGAGAGUGAUACAAGAGCUUUUGAAAGAAGGGCUUGAUGUUGUUAGCUGUGUUUCUGCGAAUGUGAAUCAAAAGUCACUUCAUAGAAUUCAAUCCGAGGUACGUGAUAUGAAAUGUAUCAAUCUUAAUGCACUGCAAAGAAAGGUGAUUGAUAUACUCAACAUUGAUCAUUUUUAGUCCUUAAUUAAGUGGAAAUCAUGCUAGGUGCACUCAUAUCAAUUAAAAAGAUUUACCAGGAAGCACAUCAUCAGAAGUGAGAACUCAAAAUUAGAGUUGAUUUUAGAUGGUCACUCAACUAAUAGUUAUUAUCUCAUAAAGUCAAUUUCUUUAUUGAAGCAAAUUAGAAUAAAGAUGACUUUAUGAGAUAAUAACUAUUAGUUGAGUGACCAUAUGAUAAAUCAACCCCUCGGAAUCAUGCCCAAGUAUGCCAAGUAAUCAUCAAAAGCUUCUUUCCCUUUCUCGAAUAAUCGGUGAAUUAGUUACUAUUCAAUAAAAGAGGCGAGGAAACAGGAUUUUCUCUUUGUACUUUUAAUGCUUGAUAGUUGAGCUAAUAAAAAUGGUGGUUUUGAGCAUACUAUAUUUGACUUGGAAGAAAUCAAUGGUGAAUAUAUAUAGUUGUUGUCAAUGAGUACCUACUAUAUGUACUCUUUGUUCACAGCAUAAUACUAAAGUUGUUGAUCAUCAUAUAGGAUGAGAAAUGAUCUGCUGACUUCCUGUUGCUCUAGGACAAAAUGACAAAUUUUUGCACAUAGACUAGUGUGGUCCGAAAUGUUGCAUGAUUUUUUCUUAUUUUCAUGUUCUUUUGGGUGGGACAGUAUGUGAAUUACUCAUCAUAUUUGGUUAAAGGAAUAUGAGGAGAAGGUGAAAUUUCGAUGUUGUAUCCAUCACCUCAUCUUGUUUUGUAUUAUUCAAUGAAAUCAUGAGUAAAUUGACUUAUUUUCUCGAA